UCAUUAUAUUUGUCCAAACAAAUCUACCUUUAAUUGUACCAGGCAUUAAAAUGAACAAGAAAUUGAUGAAAACAAGGGUGGUCUAAUAAUUUUUUCCAUGACUGUAUAUACAUAACAUUUGGUUACAACUCAUCUAUAGUAACACAUAUCUAGCAUGUACGUCUGGUCUGCACCAAGUCCAGUGUCUAAAUACGUUUUAUUAGAUGACAAAUUCAAGACCUGUAAAAUGUCUGAAUGUAUGAAGGGGUGUCUGAGAUGUUUGUUUUUUGUGCUCUUCUGUUGUAUUUUGUUUCAUUCAGUGCUGGUAAUACAGAUGUAUUACCAGCAAAGCUAUUAUGGUGCUUGAAAAGAGAUUCAGACCUGAGCCAACAUCAACAGUAAGCAUUCAUUUUCUGUAAUGUUAAAACAAGUCCAAAUUGUGCCACUGAGGAAACUGCUGAAACACAGCUGCAAUUGUACAAACACCGUAGUGUUAAAAAACAAGUUAGCUUGUAGAGUGCACCUUUAAAACUGUGUUUGAGGGCAGUAAAUGACAUUCUGACAGUGAAGGAAGUGUAAAGCAGCAGAGACAGAAAUACGAAAAGUGUGGGAAGAAGGCGGCGAAUGGUUUCACAGAGUCAUUGUAAUGUCUUCUAGAAAUCCACUGAACACCAUAACAAAUAAACACAUUUCCUACUUUUUACAUGAAAGUUAAAGCAGGUUUGGAUUCAUUUGAUAUAGUUGUGACAUAACUCUGUCUUCAUCAAUGUGACCACCAUCACUUUCAUUGACGGUGCAAGAUUCCCCUCAAGAAUUAAAGAGUCAUACAGAGUGUAUGGAUGGGAAAUACUUUUCUUUGUACUGCAAAUAAAAGAGUUUGAACAUAUGAGAAAGAUUUUCAAAAGUGGGUCUCUCUUCAGAUUUGCAUUGUUGUAUGAAAGUGCUUCAUUUCUGCUCAGUUGCCCUUGCAUUCUCUUUCUUCGACUGCACGCCUUUCCUCCCAGUACUAAGAUCCGUACCAAUUUUCUCCCAUUCCAGCAACUUCAUUCUUCUCCCUGUAUAAUAGUGGAUUUUCCAUGGUGGAUUUAUGGCGGGCUAUUUUGGGCUCUGUACUGGCUCCUACAUGCACUGCUGUAAUCCAAUUGUGAUAGUGUUAAUUUUUAAAGCUUUAUUAUUGAAAUUGCUGAGACCUAAUUUUCUGAUCCUGUCACUGUUGACGACCGCUGUAAUCAGCUAAUUCAAGUUAUUCCAGGCCAUUAAGUCACACACAGGGAUUGGUCGUGGUCACUGAAGCAGCAGGGAGGCUGAGAUAAUAUCUAUGUUGGAUGUAUAGCUUUUGUGCAUUUUGAGACUUGCACUUUUACAGACAAUGAAUCUGUUUCAGUUUAACAAAUCCCUCCGAGACUUUUUUUUUUCUCCUUUGUUGUUGUUGCUGUGUGUACAGCAUUGACUGACCCACAGGUUGUCGUCUCUAAGGCAUUUGAAUUGAACUAUAAAGCUCUAGUGGUGUGUGUCCAGGUCCAGGUUUUUAGUUGCUGUAUGGACACUUUUAUGCACAGCAGUAGAAUAAUGUUGUGUAUUGUGUUACGUUUGGCUACAACGUGUGUGUGCGCAGGUUGUAUAGAGGAUAAUUGUACCUCACACAGAUUAUCUUCCCUUCGUUGCCUAAUCUGUGAAUAGAAGUGACACACACACAUACACACACUUUCAUUGUGGUACAUGCGAUAAAGCUCGGACUCAAACACAACUUGGUUGCCAGGAAACUUAGUCUGAGUCUUUGAGAGUGAGGGAUAAUAAAAGCAAAGAAUUGUGUGUUUCACGUUGUGUGUGUGUUUGUAUGUAUGUGUGUGGCCUCUGCCACUGUCUGGACUACUGGGGGCAGUUAGUUAACUCUCUGCGGGUGUGUGUGCUGCAGCCUGGGCUGUUAGCGUUGAUUGCUUUUCAGACAUUGCUGGCUUUGACAAACCACUGGACACAAAGCUCAGACUCUUACUUGGCUCUCGGAACGUGUUACAUCUCCUCCGGACAAGACCCAGCUGAGGACAAGACAGACCAUCCAGAGACUUAAAACUUAUUAUAAUGUCAUACAGUCAAAAAUGGUUCAUGAUUAAAACCUGCUUGACAGUGAUGUUAACAUUCUUAUAAAACUCUCCUGACACAAAGUUACAGUCCGGUAAUAAGAUGGAUUUUUUGGACAGUUCGACUCUACUGGAUGUUCUGGCCAACUCUAAUAAAUUGCAGAUAGAAAUUCAGCAGUAACAGUAUCAAGAGUUGACUGAGAACCUGACGGGGCCAUCCAGGAAGGUGUGAAGUGACCCAGGUCUGAGCUGUUACCAUGGGAACGAGGAUGGAGGUGGCACAGCUUGAGAGCAGGAUGAGCACUGAGGACUAUAGAAAGCUGCAGAGCCUUUUCCUGGACUCCUUAGGUGCAUCUCGCUCCUUGUCCAGAGGUGAAUUCAUUGAUCUAGCCUGGUCAUCGGUUGGUCAUGGCUCCAAAGAGGAGUAUGGCCUCCUGUUUGACAGCGUGGUCAUCACCCAGGAGCACCGUGGCCUCCUACUAGACAGUGAUGCUGUGAAGGAGGAAGGCCUGGUUGACUGGGCAGGGCUGUGCUCUUUUCUGGUGCUGCAGCUCUCUGAUAAAGUCAAGAACACCAGAGUCAGUCGUGUUCCUUGCUGGAAGCCGCCGCGCACUUUGACUUACCCACACAGAGACCCACUUCAGAAGGUGUUGUACCUGCAGAGUUCAGGUCAGUAUCUGACAGUGAGUAAAGGGGGAACUGUGGGGCUACGAGAUGGAGAGGACAUGUCCCUGGUUCACACACAUCGACUGCAAAACAGCACAGUCAGACCCAAAGACCUUUGGGUCACAGAUAUGGUGCUGCUGCACAACGUACAGAAGGUGGCUGUGUCAUUCACAAGUAAGGAGGUGUGUUUUUAUGAUAUAAUCUCAAAACAGGACUUCAUCUGCAAGUAUAAACUCCAGGGUUUAAAGUUUACUCCCUGGUGUCUGGACUACUGGGUGGAUCCUUCACACCCGGAUCAGGCUAUCCUCACUAUUGGAGACACUGGAGGACAGGUUUGUGUUUUAUACUUCACCUCUGCCCACAUCUGUCUAUUUGAGAGACUCAGUCUGCGGACAGACUCAGACUCAGCAGACAUCGUCCUUUGGGAUGAACUGACCAAAGGAAAACAUCGUUGCUGUUGCACUGUAACGCAUCAGGCACAUGAACCAGCCUGGGUUAGAAGAGUUCGUUAUCUGGCCUCUCUGGACGCCUUUGUGUCAUGCAGCACCAGCCCACAUAGCAGCGUGGUGAUUGGCUGGAGGGGAAAGGAAAGCAAGAAUUUACGAAUCACUUCUUGCUUUACAAAGAGGGGAGUGUGGGACGUGGACCAUCAUCAUGAACUCAAUCUCAUAGCCACAGCAGGUGCAGAUCAUCAGGUCCUGCUUUGGAAUCCUUAUAUGACCUCCAAGCCAGUGGGCGUGCUCAGUGGGCACGACGGCCCUGUCAUCGCUGUUUGCUUCAUGCAGAACAAGCAACAAUUGCUCAGUUACUCCAAAGAUAAGGUGUUGUGUCUGUGGGAUGUGUCCACUGAGCAGUGUGUGCAGCGUUUGGCUGGUGUGUUCCCAAACACACAAGAGGGCACGCGAACACUUCUGUUUCUCCACGAGGAGAGUCAGCUCCUCCUCAUUUCUUUCAACAGCCUGCUCCUCCUGCUGGAGACCAGACAAGAGGAGAAGAGAACCAACAGCCACGAGCACCCGGUUACCUGUGUGCUCUAUAAUGGUCUGUUCAGACAGGUAGUCAGCAGCGACUCUGCCUCCUCUGUGAUCUGUUGGCAGGCUGACACAGGCCAAAAGGUCAAGCAGUUCCACCGUUGCCAUGGCAACACCGAGAUCUCCACCAUGGCCCUGGAUGGUACUCAGACCCGUCUGUUUACUGCGGGCGCUGACGGAGAGGUCAAAGUGUGGGAUUUUAAUGGCCGCUGCCUCCACACAAUGAAUGCUGGCUUGGGUCGGCCCGUGGAGAUCUCACAGGUCCUGUUGCUGAGGAGAAGCAUUUUGGUCAUGGGAUGGGAGAGGAUGUUAACAGUAUUUCGUCUGCAUUCCUUCUCGCAGUCUUUUGUUGAGCCAUCGGAGUGGAAGGGGGGAGCUCAGCAUCGCGGUGAUGUGCUCUGUGCUGCAUUUCAGCCUCCGCAGACUCUGGUCACAGGAAGCUAUGAUGGAGAAAUAAUAGUGUGGAACAACAGCACAGAAAAAGCUCUGAGGAAACUACACUCGAGUACAGAACACAGAGAAACAGGUAAAGAGGACUCUGAGAACUUCAUCGCUGUCACCCGAUUGUUCUUCAUACCAGGACGUGCUUCUGUGGUUGCAGUUACAGGUGGUGCAGACUUGGUGUCAUGUGGCGGUUCGGGCACGGUCAGGCUCUGGAACACCGUCCACAGUCGUCUGGUGGGACAGUUCACGGCUCACAACAGUGACCUGGGGUCUAUUGUCAUGACUGUCAGCCCCUGUGGUAAAUAUUUAGCCACAGCCAGCAGAGAGGGAACCAUCAGGACAUGGGACGUCCAGCGUUAUUGUCUCGAACCCUUUGAGGGAGUAACUGAAAAACCUCCAAGACUACUGUGUAGUUCCCGCCCACACCUGGAUUGUGUGACACACCUGGAAACGUGUAUCCAUGGAGACAAGCUCCUCCUGCUCUCCGCCUCCUCCGACAGCAGCGUGGCUCUAAGCUUUCUGCCCGGAGAAGCUGUUGGUCUGUUUGGACAGGAGGAGCAGUGGUGUUUGGAAAGACCGGGCCCUUUUGACCCGCAGCAGGAACCUGGACAGGACCGGAGAGACCACGGUGGGCAGGAUGACAGCAGCCCGCGAGGGGUGAGGUCACCUCCAGCUCUUAGUGAAACUCACACCGACCAAAACGCAGAAGGAAGGAGGGAAUGUGGAGAAUCAGAGUAAACGACUCAUGGGGACUGUUUCAUAUCCACUGUGGCUCGUCCACAUGUUUUUUACUCAUAGAACAGGGAAUGGUGCCCAUUAUUUUCCAGUGAAGUAGACUGUUUGCCUUAUGGGUUCAAAAUAAUUGCACUGUAGUUUAAUAGAUAAUCAAUAAAAGUUAACUUCUAACUUCACAAGAAUUCUUAAAGUCGCUCUCUAAUUCAUUGCCAAUGGAGUAGCUUCAGGCUUUACAUGGAUUUGUUGCUCCAAAUGAAAGCUUUUGAUUCUCUAGCUUCGUAAGAUACAGAUUUUAAUGUCGGGCCUGACCUACAAUAAAUGCAUCAUAAUGUUUUUGAUGUUG